AUGGACGAUCCUGACGAUCCCCACGCGGCUCGCUUCUACACCGCCUCGAUUCUCAUUGCCGUCGAAGCCCUUUGGGACCGCAACGUGGUCUACAGGGACUUGAAGCCGGAGAAUGUGAUGCUUGACCAGGAGGGCUAUGUGAAGAUCAUCGACUUUGGAGUUUCCAAGAAACUGGGCGAGUUGGAAAGUCGUACCUACACUGUGGUCGGCACACCCCACUACAUGGCUCCGGAGGUCUUUCAGGGCAAAGGCUACGGGGUCGAAGUGGAUUUGUGGUCCCUGGGCAUCAUGCUCUUUGAAUUUGUCUGCGGUUACUUACCCUUUGGCACCAACUUGGUCGAGCCGCGACAAGUGUGCUCCGCCGUGUUGCGAGGGAAGCUGAAAUUCCCAUCUGCCUACAAGGACGAGAUUGGCCGCGACCUCAUCAAAGGCCUUUUGACACAGCCGGUGCUAAAGCGGCUCGGCGCUGGUGUGAACGGUCUUCAGGACGUUUUCAAGCAUCCCUUCUUCGAGAUUCCAGGCCCCUCGAGUAUGUUCGACAAGCUCUUGGGGCGUGAAUUGGAACCUCCCUAUACACCCGGACCUUGGAGGCCGCCCACGGAUCAAAAACGACCUCACGGCUACUCAAAGGAACAGUUCGAGCUCUUUGAGCAUCCCUUCUCCAAAGGUCAGGGUCCCGAGGUGGUAAAGCAGAACGGCUUCUUCUGCAACCUGGCAGCUGAAGUGCAGUGUCUUCCGCCGGAACCGGUGAACGCUGCAGAUGGCGGGGACACGGGGGUGCUAAGCGAUGAGCGCCUUGCUCGUUUGCUGCAGGAGCAGAGUCCGAUUACUGAGAGUCACCAGACCGAAGUCAGUGAUGAAGAACUGGCGCGACGCCUUCAAGCGGAAGAGGAUCUGGGCGAGCGAGACUCUCGGGAGCGCUCCGGGCGAAGGAACCUACACCGGUCGGGUGAAGCAGACUGGCGACGAUCCUUCUCAGCGAUUCUGCUGAGUGGUGGCACCUGGAUGGGCUGCAUCUCGGGGCUGCAAUUGGCGCAAUGCUUCAGUUGCGGCCAGGCCGUCCAGUGGAUUUGCAGCAUCGGCGGCGGGCUGAUCGGAUAUUUUGCCACUUUUGAGGAUGCACAUCGAUGGCGGCGGCAGGACACACAUUCUGAUUCAGACGAUGAUGAUCCUUUCAUUCAAGGUGUAGCCCCGGAGGAUAUCGAAGGUCACACCGUAGGUCAUACUUUCCAUGGUGCCAGGGAUGCACAGGCGUCUGGCAAUCCCGAGCACUUGAAGUGCAUGGUUUGUAUGGAGGAGUUUGCGGAUGGCGAGACUUUGCGGAGUUUGCCUUGUCUACACAGGUAUCAUCAGAACUGCAUUGACCAAUGGCUGGUUCGAUGUGCAGCAUGUCCCAUUUGCAAGCAGAAUAUCACUGCGCCUCAAAAUCUUUCGUCCCGAAAUGUGGUGGAGAACGCAUCGACCAAUGGAUUUGCUAGGUUCUUUCGAAGGCGGGCAUGGUCAUGA